AUGAACCAGAAUGUACAGCAGGAGGAAAAACGGCAUACCUGCAGCAUCUGUAACAAAGCAUUUUCCACCAAUACUCACCUGCUGAGACACAUCCGGUCUCAUACCGGGGAAAAGCCUUACAAAUGUGACCUGUGCGAGAAAGCAUACCGGCAGCUGACUCAUUUGAGCCAACACAAGCGCACACAUUCGACUGAAAGACCGUUCAAAUGCCAAAUAUGUGAAAAAAGUUUCGCGGUAAAGAAGUACCUAACCCGGCAUGAACGAUCACAUUUGGACAAACCGUCGGAUCGAUUCGCCUGCGACGUGUGCGGGAAAGCGUGUGGAUACCGGAAAAUGCUUGACUGUCAUAUGAAACUCCACCAGGGUGAAGAACCAUUUAAAUGCGAUAUCUGCGGCAAAAACUUGAGUACGAUUUCCAGGUUGAACAUACACCGUAGACUGCAUGCUGGGCAAAAUUUGUUUAAGUGUGACCUUUGUGGUAAAAUGAUAAGUAAAGCCAACCUAAAACUCCACGAGAAAAUGCACACGGGAGACGAACAGCACAAGUGUGCCAUUUGUAGCAAAGUAUUCUUACACAAAAAGAGCGUGCAAGACCAUAUGGCGAUCCACACCGGUGAACGGUCGAGUAUGUGCGACAUUUGUGGUCAGGAAUUUGCUUUGGAAUCGUACCUGCGAAGGGAAGGCACAGGAUGA